AAUAAUAUGAAGUUAGUGAAUAAUAUCUGCACUUAAACAGACUUCAUUGCUGCUUAUUGGACUUCUUGAGCCCCUCCAUGAAUUGUCUCUCUUCCAAAGAACAUCUUAGCGAUAUUAGUAGGCUCAAUAUUGCCUGCGAACAUCCAUAAUGCCUCUACAUCUACUAGGCAAGAAAUCAUGGAACGUCUACAACCCUAAGAACAUCGAGCGCGUGAAGCGCGACGAAGCAGCCGCCAGAGAGCGCGAAGAAGCCGAAGAGCAACGCCAGCAAGAAGUAGACGCGGAACGCCGUCUGGCCAUCCUACGUGGCGAAGUCCCACCGCCUUUGCCUCCGCCCGAGCCAAGCGCCGACGACGAAGCCCCUAGCCGGAAACGAAAUCGCGAUGAGGAGCCAAGGAGAGAGCGUAGGAAGCGUAAGCGCGUGGGCGAGGACGAUACAGAUUUCGAACUGCGACUUGCGCGAGAACGGGUGGAUACUGCACCAACGACGAGUAGCGCGCUUGUGAAGAGCAGUGACGCCCCGCUCAUGGAUCACAGGGGUCAUAUCGACUUAUUCCCCGACGAGCGAUCUCGCAUGCCAUUGGAAAAGAAUGCGGAGGCGGAAAAGGAAGCUGCGAAAAAGAAACGGGAAUAUGAAGACCAAUACACUAUGCGCUUCUCGAACGCCGCGGGCAAAGACGGACUUGUUGGUCCUUGGUAUGCGAAAGGCGGUGAUAUGAAGGAUAUUAUGGAUGGUAACCUAGAAGCUCCAAGCAAAGAUGUGUGGGGUAAUGAGGAUCCAAGACGCAAAGAGAGGGAAGCUGCGCGAGUUAUCUCUAGUGAUCCCCUGGCUAUGAUGAAGAGAGGCGCUGCGAAGGUUAGGGAGGUCGAGAAGGAGAGACGACAGUUGAAUGACGAGAGGGAACGAGAAUUGAAACAACUUAGGAAAGAAGAGAGAAGAAAGGAGAGAAGGCGAAAACGAGAAGGAAAGGAAGAUCAUGACGACCUUGAAGGGUUUAGCCUAGAUGGCACCUCGUCGAGCAAGCCUCAGGAUCGAUCGCAGGAUGAUGACGGUCACCGGCAGAGACGGCAUCGCUCACCUCGGAAUGAGGAUGACCGGUCCAGGUCAAGACAUCAUUCUGAGCACAGGGAGCGCCGGCACGACGACGAACACCGGCGUUCCCGAUCGGAUCAUCACGACCGAAACUCAAGCAGCUCAAAACAUGACCGCCGGCGAUUAGGGAGAGCGGAUCAUUAUUAGCAUUGCAUGGUUUGUUUAGUAGUAUGGAGUUUGUCUUUUGAGUAUCAGAUACCCCCUCUCGCCUUGCGAAGAAGUCCAUAUGAAUUGAGUAUUCAUGGUUAAAAC